UUACUAGAAACCCCUUCUUCCACACAAUGAAAAAGAAAAGGGUCACAUCCUGUUUCUCUUCCCGGCUCUCAUUGGAUGAAAGCUCUUGGAUGUUAGCACUGUAAAAACUUUUUGUGGGUAUGAGAAGAGAGGAGAGAUGAUAUACUCAAACCAGACCAAAUCCACCUAAACCAAAACCCAUUCAUCACACCACUUCCAUUUUUGGGCUCAAUUUUCUACCAUUUCUAAAGGAUGGCUUGAAUUGUGUAUGGAUUUCCUUUGGCAUGCUAGGGGCAACGUUGCUGGUUCAUUUGUCUCUUAAUUUUGAAUUAGGGUUUUAGGCUGUUUGGAUAAGAGCUUCCUAUUAGGCAGCGAGCGAAAUUCAUGUUCUUCUCAACUCUGGCAAUUGGUGAGUUUACUUCAUUACUUUAGUCUUCAUCUAAGGUAGAAGGCAAAAUCAUUGGGUCUUCAAAAAGUUCAACACAAUUGCAAAGAUAUGUCUGCGGAAUCUAACAUGGGAUUACAUCAUGAUAGCACAUUGGAAUCUUCUAGGAGUCAGCAUGCUAUAUCUUAUCAGAGUGGAUCAAUAAACAUGUCGCCAAGAGUAGUUACAAUAGGAGAUUACUAUGGACUAAGUAACACAGAAGGAAUGAUGUUUUCUAGAAAUUCCAACAUCAUUAGCAAUAAUCCAGGAGUUAGCCAGGCUUCAGAUUCUUCUGGUUCUCUUCUUCUUGAUUCUGUACCAGGGCUAAAGCACGAUACAGGUCUGGCUGCUGAUUGGUCAAUCGAUGAGCAACGCAAAUUGCUGGAAGGGCUUGAAAAAUAUGCUGAUGAACCCAGUAUAAUGAAGUACAUUAAGAUUGCUGCAUUAUUACGUGACAAAACAGUGCGGGAUGUUGCCUUGAGAUGUCGUUGGUUGAGUAGGAAGCGAAGGAAGCAAGAAGAAUAUAAUCCGGGGAAGAAAUUAAUGGACAAGAAGGAUAAAUUGGAUCCAUUAAUGCAAACAACUUUUUCAUCACCUUUACCACGGAAUACAACAGCAUAUUCUUUGCUUAUGAAGAAUAGGGAGCCAAUUGGACAUAUUUCAUUUGAAGCAUUAAGCGGUAAAACAAGGCAUCUCCUAGAAGAGAAUCAUCAACUUCUCGGUCAAAUUUCUUCUAAUCUGUCAACAUUUGAGCUGCAGGGCAAUAUUGCUCUCUUUUUCCACUCAAUGAAGAACCUAGAUUCCAUUUUAAAUGACAUGAGAAAUAUGCCGGGUCUAAUGAGUCAGAUGCCUCCAUUAGGCAUAUCUGUAAAUGAAGGUCUCAUGAGUAGUAUUUUGCCUAGUACAAGUCAGCAGGGAUUCAUGUAUGGCCCAUCAGGGGGUAUUUCAUUGAAGCCGGAGCCAGGAUGUUGAUUGAUGAAAAAUAUGCUGCCUCUUGUUUUUCUUCCACUUUGGAUUCAAUCUUGUCUGUAUGCACAAGAAAUUCUUUUUCUUUUUUUCUUCUUUUUUGCUCUAAAUGUAGGAGCCAGGUUACUUUUAAGAAGAACUGCAGUACCCCCAUUUUUGGCGCUGAAAUGUCUCCCUCCCCGCUAACUAAUCCAGUCUAAGUCGCCAAAAAGAAAUGAUUGUUGCUUAGACUGGAGGACGGCUAUAUCUGUUUGCUAGCUCAUGAGGAACUGCUCAAAUAAUCUUCAUUGAAGUUGAAUGUCAUAACACGCACCCAGUGUAUAAAUUGUACAGGGCUUGUUGUUUUCUGAGCCUAUCCAUCUCCCCUAAGAGAAAAAUUUAAGAAAAAAAAGAGUGAUUAGUAAUAGGUAGUUGAAACCCCUCCUUUGGUUCAUCUGCCGGCCUUCUCAAGUUGUAAAAUGUUAUAGUAUCUUGUGGCUUUUGGAAGUUACUCAUGUUUAGUGUAUUAUUAUUAUUAUUGUU